CUGAGAGGUGUUUGGGGAGGCUGUCGUUGAAUGCCUAGCGUCUCGUAGACAUGGCAGAGGAUGUCCAGUCCCCCAUGGUAUUCCAGCACCAGUACAUGUGCUCCGAGUGCGGCGUCCUUUACAACACGUUAGAGGAUGUCCUGGUUCAUCAGCAGAACCACUUCGGAGGGCCGGUGCAAGCGGCGGUGUCUCAGGAUGUUUCCCUCGAGUUGGGAGAACUGCAGAGCUUGGUCCAGGAGAGCCAGUACCAGUGUCUGGAGUGCGGACAAGUCCUUCUGUCACCAGAUGAGCUCCUUCACCACCAGGAGAUGCACAUGAGGGAGCUGCCCCCGGCUCCGACCUCCUCACCCCCUUCCAUCGGAAGUAGCCAGAUUCACUAUCAGUGCUGUGAGUGCAAGGAACUUUUUAGCUCCCCCGAGCUGUGGCUUGCUCACCGCCAGAAGCAUAUAAAGCAGGAAGAACAGCCUCAGCAAAGUGUGGUACUGCAGGCCGGCUCAAGCAUUCAGGCCGUGCUCAGUCUGCAGAACGUUCUACUGGAUGAGAGGACUUUAAAUGGUUGGGGGGUGGAGAUGCCAACCACGGUGGAGAGCGCAGACGAGGCCACGGCUCCGGAGCCCGCGCCAUACGCCUGUCCGGCUGCUAUGUCUGAAAGCGCCACGGAACCGCAGCCGCUGGUACAGGUCAGAGAGGUGCAUCCCUACGAGUGCUCUGAAUGCAGCCAGGUGUUCCCCACGCCGGAAGAGUUUCUCGAUCACCAAGGCCAGCACUUCAUGGAGUCUGAGAAGGAGAGCGAGGCAUCUCCUCCGUACGGGAGUCUGGAUAACUUGCCGUCGCCUGACAUUCUCGAGAGGUUGCGGAAAGACUGGUUAAAAGACGAGGAAGAGAGUCUGAAGGAACUGUGGGGAGCAGCGUCGAGGACCCUCCAGUGUCACGAGUGUAAGAAGGAGUGUGCGAAUGCCGAGGCGCUGCAGAGACAUCGCAAGAAGCACCACCCGGAAGAUUUUCCUUGUCCCGAUUGCGGCCGUCUCUUCACUUCCGCUAACAGACUGCAGUCCCAUCGGCGCGUGCACGUGGAAGGCACCCUGCAGUGUCCAAACUGCCGCAAGGUGUUCAAGAAAGAGGCUUCCUUGGAGCAGCACAUGAGACUUCAUCGCGGCGAGGCUCUUUACUUGUGUGUAGACUGCGGCCUCGGCUUUGGCACAGAAAUCACCCUUGUGCUGCACCGGAAAAGCCACACCGCCGAUCCGCUUCAUCGCUGUCAGUGCGGGAAAACCUUCAGCAACAUGACCAAAUUUUUGUAUCACCGGAGGACACAUGCGGGAAAGAGUGGCGCCCCCAUGCCGAAAUCCCCAAAUCUAAUUCUAUCUGACAGAGAGAAGGGGGUCGUUGGUACGGAUCAGUCUCCGGGGGGCGCUGACACAACGUCCCCUCCCGGUUUACCAAUUCCAGGGGGAUUUGCAGAGUUUGGAGGCAAACCGAACGCACCAGAGAUCCCGACGCCUCAAGAAAACGGCUUCAGUAACCACCCGCCUGCCGACGCGCCGAGCAUGGAACCGGGGAACCCGAGCCAAGGCUUCCAGUGCCCGCUGUGCAGCAAGGAAUUUUCCACCCGUCUGAAGCUGGUCAGUCACAAGCAGGUGGUCCAUAUCAUGGGGCGGAAACACAAGUGCGGCGUCUGCGGCAAACACUUUAAGAAGCAAGUGCAUAUACAAAAUCACAUGCGCACGCACACCGGCGAGCGGCCCUUCCAGUGCACCACCUGCGGAAGGACGUUCUCCGCGCAUGCCAAUCUAACGCGGCACAGCCUGCUCCACACCGGAGAGAAGCCCUUCAGGUGCGAGGUGUGCGGACGAGGCUUCACGCAGAGCUCCAACCUGCAGCAGCACCGGACCUUGCACACCCAGCCCAGCCCGCAUACCUGUGAGGUUUGUGGGCAGAAGUUUCGCAGAGCUGCCAAGCUGGCCUGCCACAUGUACAAGCACACGGGGGUCAUGCCGUACAAGUGCCCCGACUGCGAGGAAACGUUCAUGUGCAGGAAGCUAAUGGAGCUGCACCGGCUGGUACACGAGGGUAAGGAGCCCUUCUACUGCCAGGAGUGCGGCAAGCAUUUCGCCAAGGAGUCGCAAGUCGAGGGACACAGGUGCCGCGCGUUCCGCUGGGCCCCCAACGUGUGCCCUACCUGCGGGAAAAGGCUCAAUUCCAAAACCGACCUCACUCUCCACAUGAUGGUUCACGACGGGCAGCGUCCUUACAAGUGCCAGCUCUGCACCAAAUCCUUCACCUCUCAGAGCGCCCUCACUCGCCAUCGGCAACUGCACUCCGACGUGCGGCCGCACAAGUGCGACGUGUGCGCCAAAGGCUUCCUGGAAUCCUUCGCUCUGCAGAUCCAUCGGCGCGUUCACACCGGCGAGCGGCCGUACCCCUGCGCCGAGUGCGGCAAAGCGUUCCGACAGGCCGGUCACCUGCGGGACCACAAGCGGCUGCACACAGGCGAGAGACCCUAUCGCUGCGAGCGCUGCGGCAAGGGCUUCGUGCAGUCUGUGCAUCUCGCGGAACACAGACACGUCCACGCCAGGGAGCGCAUCCAUCGCUGCAAAGACUGCGGCAGGAGCUUCAAGAACCUGUCCAACCUGCGCAACCAUCUCAAGGUGCACAGAGCGGUGAGGGCUCGGCCGCGGCUGACGGUGCGCACGGAGCUGGGACAGACGAUAACCAUCUUAGAGACCGCGGAGCCUCUCGCAGAGACCGUGGAGGUCUAUCCGGCUGCCGCGGACGGGAACCUACAGGUGACAGAUAUGACAGUAUAGCCCUCCAGCCGACGCGUAGAAUUAGCCUCUCCUCCGCGGCCCUCUGUAAAAUAAAGCUUUUCUCCGUUCUUGUUAAUGAAA